AUGUCGGUAUACGACCCGCUCGGACUUCUGGCAAACGUGCUAAUGUUCCUCAAAGUCCUUCUUCAGGAUAUUUGGCGCUCUAACAUUGGUUGGGAUGAACCGAUAGCCGGUCAACAACUUUCGAAGUGGAGAACGUGGCUCAGCGUGUUGGACAACGUGGAGAAAGUUUCCGUUCCGCGAUGCUAUCGAACGAUAACAACGUCGUCAUCUGUAAUUCAGCUGCAUGUUUUCGUUGAUGCUAGCAAAAACGGGUACGCAGCGGUCGCAUACUUUCGCUACGAAGAAGGUGACUCGAUAGAAUGUGCCUUUGUUGCUGCAAAAACUCGUGUCGCACCCCUGAAGUAUGUUUCGAUUCCUCGGUUGGAACUCCAAGCGGCAGUCAUCGGAAUGCGUCUGGCGAAAGCGACCGAAGAAACUCACCGUAUUCCAGUACAGAAACGGUUUUUCUGA